AUGGAACCCCCACGAAAACCUCUAGCGACCAAGGAGAGGCUGGCCGCCAUCGCGGCUAUGAGCGACGACGAGUUUGUCCUUUUCGCCCUGGACCAUGUCAAGCAGAUUGGGAAGUGUACCGUGACCACUUCCGAAGCAUGGUCGGAAGAUCUGACCACCGAUCACCAACAGCACAUCGCUCAGAGGUUUCGAGAAGCCGCAGAGCGCAUAACAGAGUUCAACGGUGAUGUCUUCAACAACUCUAUGGAGCAGGUGAUUCGCGACUCCGACAUAGUUGGGCUCGAUCGUAUCCAUCAUCACAAACAAACGAAGGAAUUCAAGGGCCCAGUGGAACUAUCCGAAGAAGAAAAGAACUGGGAGAGGUGGCAUCAUAAGAAACUUCUGAAAGAGGGCGGCCGACCGUGUUAUGAUAUCGAUGACUUGGACGAGGUCGCCAAAAACCCGGAGCUCAAGUAUCAUAUCACAUCACCUUGGAUGCAUUAUGAGGCCGCGCUAUGGAAGGACAAGUACGCUGAUGCCAAGGUGUUCACAAAACAGCACGACCACUGGGCCAGAUUUCGAAUAUGGCAACGUGUCAACCGUAACCACGAUGGCCCAGCCUAUCCAACAUACAGGGUGGGAACAAGCGGGGAUGCCUUGGGAGCUCCGACUUUGAAAUGGUAUAAAGAGAAGUCAUUUGUGGAGUUUCAAAAGUACGAGAAAACCGUUUUGAGCAUCCUGAAGGAGUGUGGCAUCCCGCCACCGGCUGCGCUCGAGCUUCGUCUGAAAAACCAAGACGAGCUGGUGACGUGGCAGGAAUAUCUCUGCUUCAUAUAUCUGCAUCUGGGGUGGGCUACUCAGGAGAUGGUUGACCAUAGACUCAAUGGUGAGGACUUCUUGGAGAACUUGCGCUCUAACGGGCAUGUGCCUGAGGGUACAACGCUCAAAGACGUCGAGUCGAUGAUGUUUAAAGCCUCGGUGCGGACACCAGUCUUGCCAAUCGAUGGUGUACGCAGGAGCCUUCAACAGCAGAAGGAAGUGCUGCUUAAGAGGCUCAAAGAGGCCGUGGACGGAGAAGCGAAAGCUGGGGUCGAUGACGAGAUCCGGUUACUCGACGAAAACUAUGAGGCCAAUGAGCAGCGCGAGCGAGAUCUGGCUGAGAAGUGUUGGGAGCUCACCUACAGCCCAUACGAAACUGACUGGCCCUGGUGUAUCGCUGCCAGAAAGGUGUUCUGUUAUGAGAGGCUGGCUGUAUGGGCCCGGGACCAGAUUCCCCUUGUACGCGCCGAGUUGAAGGGCAGAAAGGACUGCAAAGAAUGCAAAGCUCGAGACCAGGCUACUACAGCUACCGACCAGGCCCUGGUGAUUACGGAUCAGAUUAUCGUAGUCAUUGAUCAGGCUCCUACAGUUACGGAGCAGACUCUCACAACUACCGAACAAACUCCUGCACCUACUGAUCAGACUAACGUAGUUACUGAUCAGGCUUCCGCAGAUACCGAGCAGAGUCCGGCAGUUUCUGGCCAGACUCCGGCGACUACCGACCAGGCUGGAAAGGCUGCCCAAUCGAAUCCUUUGACAGCCGGAGACAUUCAAGAGUCACAAGUGUCGUCGGUAGAAGGCAACUCUCUCGCCCCUCAUAACCCAAUUAUAGAACGUACCACUCGGGACCAGGCGGUUCAAGUGGACAUUUUCACGGAAAGCCGCGCUGUGGAAAACGACAUUGUCAUUGUUGCUUCUCCCACUUCGGCAGAACCGCAACCUGUGCUUCAGAGCGAGGAUGCGCCUCGGUCGAGAAAGAGAAAGGCUACAGCUCCGGUCGAAGCUCCCCGGAGGAGCAAGCGAGUGGCCACUUUAAAGGUGAAGAAGGAAGAGGAGGCGGCGGCUGCAGCUAGAGAAGAGACUGAGGAACAGAGUCAGCCCCCAGGGAAAGCCAGGAAGACCAAGGCUGCUCCGAAAUCUAAGCCCAAGUCUACGACUGCUCCCAAGUCAAAGGCAAAGUCGAAAGCCAAAAGGAAGUGA